CUUAUGUAUCUUUAUUUCUUAUUGUGAAUCCGGUUUGUUUGCGUCUUAUUUCGUAGUUCUCACUUUCCCGUUCCCCCAUUGCUGUUGGCACUUUCCUUCUCACUUCUCAGUCAUCUUGCAGAGAGCGCAAGAUCCACCUCCAUCUCUCUCACCUUUGGCCUCAACACAAGUCCUAAUUCUCUUCGCUUGUUUCUCUCUUUUGAGUAUCACCACACGCUUUCACACUACAAUUACACACACAUAUGGUCCGGAAAUCUUCUUCUUUAGAGAGAAAUAAUAAUGGAUUCACAGCCUUCCCGAUCUUCGGGAAGGUUCGAAACCAGUCCUACUAACAUCACCAGUAAUAAUUUCUUAACCAAAUCAAAUUCCGAUACCAGCAGCAGCAGCACCCAUAAUACCCAAAGCUUAGCUUCAAUUCUUAACAACCCACAUGCCGGAAAAUCCGACGGGUUUUGGUGGUGGUCCACGUCACCUUCUCUUCCUACUCCCGACUUCCUCCCUCUAUCCAUCGUACCCAAACCCGGAUCCAAUAUCCGGCAGCCCGACUUCAAAUCCUACCUCUCACCAAUUUCCGACCCGUAUGCUCGUUUCCACGACAUUCAACAGCACACGAGAUUCGAGUCCCUCGACAAUCAAAAUGACCAAAAUGCUCUCGUUGCUUGCUUAAAGGAAGUCCCCGCGCUAUACUUCAAAGAGGAUUUUGAGUUAGAGGAUGGUGCUACGUUUAAAGCUGCCUGCCCGUUUAGGACCACUGCUGAAAAUUCAGUUAUGCAGGAGAAGCUGUCACAGUAUUUGGAUGUAGUGGAAUUGCACUUGGUGAGGGAGAUUUCCUUGCGUUCGAGUUCAUUUUUCGAGGCGCAAGGGCAGUUAGAGGAUUUGAAUUCGAAGAUUGUUGAAGGGUGUGACAGGAUAAGGGAAUUGAAGGAGACUAUAAGGCUCUUGGAUGACAAUUUGGUGGGGUCUGCUAGAAAGGUACAGGAGUUGAAUGUACGGAGGAGGGAGUUGAUUUCACUACAGGACAAGUUGAAGCUUAUACUAUAUGUUGAUCAAGCUCUAACAACUCUCAACCUGCUUGUUGCAUCUGCAGAUUGUGCUGGAGCUUUAGAUGUUAUAGAUGAUUUACAAAAUUUAUUGGAUGGAGAUGAAUUAGCUGGUCUACAUUGUUUCCGCCACGUUCGAGACCAGUUAACCGCUUCAAUUGAUUCCAUUAACAGCAUUCUUUCAGCAGAAUUUAUGCGUAUAUCUAUACACGAAACUGGCGACCUGGAUGCUUCAAUUACAUCAGAAUUUAAAGUGGGGGCGACAAUUUCCAUGAAUGGAGAAGGCCAUGAAGUUAAAUUGGAUGAAGAAGAAACCUCCAAUUUGCGAGACCGGCUACUUCCUUUUGUUAUUGGGUUACUUAGAACCGCAAAACUCCCUGCGGUAUUGAGAAUAUAUCGUGACACUCUUACGUCCGAUAUGAAAACUGCCAUUAAGAUGGCAGUUGAAGAACUACUACGGGUGCUUGGUGCCCAACCUAUGGAUUCGGAUUUUGUUGCAGGAGAGCGAGCAGUUGAUGCUGAUGGUGGAAGCUCAUCCCUUGCCGGUAGAUUGAGAAGCCUGUCGCCUGAAAGUUUUGUUCAUCUUUUGAAGGCUGUUUUCCUGAUAGUGCAGGCACACUUAGCACAGGCAUCCCAAGUUAAAAAAGCCAUUGAGUGGAUUUUGUGCAAUCUUGAUGGCCAUUAUGCUGCUGACUCGGUUGCUGCUGCAAUUGCACUUGGAGCAGCGGCUUCAGAAACAGCUCAUGAAACAGAUGAUCAGGUGAAUUCCUUGCUGCAACUUUCUGCGAAGAGGAACUCUGCCAAGGCUUCUUCUGUUCAUGGGAAGGGAAAUGAUGGUACAAUGACGUCGACUUUAUCGAGAAAUUUCAGAGCUGAUGUAUUGAGAGAGAAUGCAGAAGCUGUUUUUGCAGCUUGUGAUGCUGCUCAUGGCAGAUGGGCAAAGGUCCUUGGAGUGCGUGCUCCUAUCCACCCUAGAUUGAGGUUGCAGGAGUUUCUAAAUAUAUAUAACAUCACUCAAGAAUUUAUAACUGCCACUGAGAAGAUUGGUGGAAGAUUGGGUUAUAGUAUUCGUGGAACACUGCAAUCACAGGCCAAGGCCUUUAUUGAUUUCCAACACGAAUCCAGGAUGGCAAGGAUGAGGGCCAUUCUUGACCAGGAAAAAUGGGCUGAGAUUGAUGUCCCUGAGGAGUUUCAGGCAAUUGUCACAUCACUGUUCUGCUCAGAAUCUGAGACCCGUGAACUUGCUGAUGAGGUUUCAGCUGAUAUUGCACCAAGCAGCCCCGAGACGUUCCUGAGCAGCGAUGGUUCCCCUAUGACAGAAUCUGGACUUCAAAAGAUAGCACGAAAUACACAGCACACUGAUUCUGUUCCAUCAGAUAGCACAGCACAGAUUAAUGAAACUAACUCAAGAGAGCGUGGAAGAUCUUCUCCUAAACUGAUUUUCUUCAGGGGCAUUGGGUAUCAUAUGGUGAACUGCGGCUUGAUUUUGGUAAAGAUGUUGUCGGAAUAUAUUGAUAUGAAUAAUAGUUUGCCGGGCCUAUCUUCGGAAGUAGUUCACCGUGUUGUCGAAAUCCUGAAAUUGUUCAAUACAAGGACUUGUCAGCUUGUCCUGGGUGCUGGAGCGAUGCAGGUGUCAGGUUUGAAGUCUAUUACUUCUAAACACUUGGCCUUGGCAAGUCAAGUCAUCAGUUUGACAUACACCAUAAUUCCCGAAAUCAAGAGGAUUCUGUUCUUGAAAGUUCCUGAGACACGCAAGGGACUUCUGAUUCUGGAGGUUGAUCGUGUAGCACAGGACUAUAAAGUGCAUCGAGAUGAGAUACACUCAAAGCUGGUACAGAUAAUGAGGGAAAGGUUGCUGGUCCACCUCCGUGGGUUGCCACAGAUUGUUGAGAGUUGGAAUAGGCCAGAAGAUAGUGACACACAGCCAAGUCAAAUUGCUCGUUCCAUUACUAAGGAAGUUGGCCUUCUUCAACGUGUCUUAUCUCGAACCCUGCAUGAGUUAGAUGUUCAAGCUAUUUUCAGGCAAGUGGUUGCUAUCUUCCAUUCUCAAAUUUCAGAAGCAUUUUCGCACUUGGAUAUUAGCAGUCCACAAGCUAAAAAGAAAAUGUAUUGCGAUGUUCAGCAUAUUCUUGGAUGUAUCAGAUCAUUGCCUUCAGAUAGCAAAUCCAGUCCUCCUAAUUGGGGGCAACUUGAUGAAUUUGUGGCAAAAAAAUUUGGCGAGGAAGUUAGCCAAUAGCCUUGUAAAGUAGCCCAUAUUUUGUAAGAUCAAAUAGGUUUGAUUUGACGGAGGCCAUCUGACAAUGCAUGAAGACUAUGCAUCAGCAUUGUAUAAUUGACUUGAGAUGUGCAGUCUACCACGGGGGAAUGAAGUUUUGAGGAGAGGAGUCCAAAACAAUUUUAUGUUUGUCAUACAAAAAUUUUGUGAUCAGUCAGAUGCUUGAGUUUCAUUAUGAUUGUAUUCUUUCGCCCUGGAAAUUAGAAAUCCUUUUUCCUUUCUUUUGUUUUAUAUUUUUAGAGGAAAAAGGCACUAGCUUCUCAAAAGGGUAAGCAUUUUUCUGCAGUAGAUAUAGAGAUCAGUGGUAGUGUAUGCUAAUGAAAGCAACUGUAUGUACCAAGGCCUUAACUCCGGUACCUUCUCCUGUAUUGAUAUCAAAUAUCAUAGAGAACGUUCUCGUUGUCGUUCUCCUCUCCUGAUGAGAAUAGAUUGAUUCUGGGCU